UUGAAGCAUCAACUCCACAAAGGCGACGGUGUUUCAGAGGCGUGAGGGCAGUGCCAAGAGGUGGACACGCGCGUAUCCGUGUCCGGUACCGGAAGUAGUCGCGUACACCGCGAUCACGACGUGCACGAUAGCGAGGAGGUCUAAUUCGAGCCGGGUGACGGUAAGCUUUUAACGGCAGCGCUGCUAGCAUCAUCCACCGUCGACAGUGCCACCACCACCUAUGGCACCUCCACCACCACCAGCACCGCCGACGACGACGAUAACCACCGGAACGAAGAGUCUGGUGGCAGAGAGGCUGUUCCUCGCGCAGUCUCCCGUGCGCGUAGGCCCCCAAUACACCGACACUGCUCCUCUGACCCUUCAAGGCGGCCAGUUGAAGAUCCGGAGGAUCAAAAUGUCAGAGGCGGAAGAUAUUCAAUCCGUCGUGGAAAACCAUGAUUUCCAGAGUAUCAUAGAGGGAGAAAGCAGAAAAUCCAACUCUGUACAUUAUUUAAACACUUAUGAGAAUAUUCCAAAAGAAACUGUAAAAGAAUAUCCGGAAGAGACUAAGGAAGAACUAUACCAAGAGAAAAAGGAAAAAGAAAUAUUCGUGGAGAACGAGAGGAAAUCGAACGAAGCAGAGAAGAAAGAGGGCACCCAAGCAGCGGGUUCGAGCACGGGAACCGUGGACGACAACGACAAAGGCGUCUCGAGACUCGAAGAGAACGCAACGAGAAAAGAAGAAGCCACGAAUACGUCGACCACGACAGGUACCACCAUCGAUGGACGAAACGCGCCAGUCGGUGAGUGGAAUUCAUUACCACAUCUGGUAGAUCGUCUACGCGCGGCGCUCGAGCUUUCCCUAGGGAGUCGUCGCGACGAUGAGCCGCCAGCUGUGCUCGAGGACUCCGGCAUCGAUUCUGAGGAGGACUUCCGGAUGCGCAAUUCGAUGGAACAAGCGUUGGGCAACUGCAAAGAGCCGGAAUUAAAAAAGGAUCUCAAGUUUUUGGAGGAUCUGUUGUUAUCGGACAUACAAACUGCUCUGUCGCGUCUUCGCGAGACCUUGGAGAAGAUUGAUGUGGCUGCGCUAGCUAAACACGGUGCUGCUUCCGAUCCUACAAGUAAAUUACAAUUGUUAAGACUGGUAUCGAGUUUAUUGUCCAGACUACAAGUGCCUGAGGAAAAAACUAAAGAGAAAAUAUCAUCGGUAUUACCAUCGACAUCCUCGAGCAGAAGACGAAGAGGAACCAGACAUACUAUAGGUGUUUCCACGGAAGAAUUGGCUAAAGCUAGAAAGUGGUUAGAGGAAGAAAAGAAUAUCUUACCUUUGAAGGAUAUUACGCUGGUUACUAAGGAGCAGAAAGAUCCGAAUGUAUCUGGAAAUGGAGAUAAUGUGAUUAACAUAAUAGAUAAGAAACCAGAAGAGAUUCGUGACAAAUGCACAAAGGAUGCGAUCAAUCAACGUCAAUUGUUAGAGGAUAAAAAUAAGGAGAUCAGAGACAAUUGUGUGUUUCGAGGAAUACAACAAAUGGAUAUUGCAGAUAGUAAGAAUAAUAGAGAUUUAAAUAUGUAUCAGACUCAAUAUCGAGUUAAUAAUUAUCAAGAAAAAGAAAAUAACGAAAAUAAUAUUGUUGAAGAUAGUGAGGAAAGAAGUCGUGUAAGUAAAUUAGCGUCUAUACUCAAACAACGUGCUGAAUUAUCGGCUUCAGGGAGUGGAAAAUACGGUGGUGCUAACAAGUUCAGUGCAAAGAAAUCAAAAAUCAAACGUGCAAAUACUAUUGAUAUUCCUAGUUACUUGAAGCUUCAAGCGGAAAGUCUUGGUCACGAGACUGCAGGUUGUGUUUCUUUGAGGAAACCAAUUAACGUUGGAGACAAGACAACUUUCAACUCGGUCAAUGUUAUUGUGCCUACAUUUCAACCUAAAACGGAAAAUGAUAGAAAAUUUUUGGCCCUGAUUAAUAAGAAUAACGAAGUACCAUCAGUUUCCUCAGUAGUUCCAUUUAAAACCAUUGGACAAACUAUGGAUAUGUCAUCAUUGACUAAUGAAAAUUGGAACAGUAGAUUCUCUAAUAUCAAGACUGCCUUCGAUAAAUCAUCUGCAAUAGAUGAAAGAGAAAUUAAACCGUCUUUAAAAUUUCGUGCAAAUAAAAUGUUCCCAAGUUCACCUCAAACACAAAUUUAUUCUAAUACUAAUCCAAAUUAUGAUCCUCGAAUGACGAAGAUGGACACAACUACGGGUUUCAGACACGCGCCAUCUUCUCCUUUUCGUAAAAUAGAAAAAUCAGGAUCUCCGUCAAAUGUUCCAUUAUCGUAUCAUUGGCCGAAAAAUGUUCCAAUGCCGACAAGCACGUUGAAAGAAAAGGCUAGAAUGAUGUUUGAUCGAGAAACCACACAGCCAUCUUCAAAACCCUCCAGAAACUAUCCGGAAAAAUCUAGUUUUGUUCGAUCUCCAUGGAUCGAACAUGAAAAAAACGAGAGCAAAUCCAAUGGCACGGUCACAGAAAACGGUAAAUUGGAUUAUCGAUCAUUUUGCAAGCAAUUCGCUCCAUUCGUUGGCAAAACUUUUUCCAUGGAAUCAAAGAAACUGGAAGAACAACAUCAACAAGAAUUGAUUCAACGGGACAGACUUCCUGGAAUAGUGGAUGGUAAGAUUUCCUUUAAAGUAGUACCAGAUAAACGUGUUCAAACCUAUCAGUAUCCUUCGAUGGAACGUCGAGUAUCCAAGGAGAAGCUUGAAAUCAUAAAAAGUGGAAAAGAACACAAAUAUGAUGAAGAUAGUUUUGCUGAUGCCAUUCUAAGAGAUAGUUCAUCUGUGGCUGUUCAAACUGGAAUCGACGAAAAUUAUCAAAAUGAAGAGAGAUCGUUCAGAGUAGCACCUAGAAUCUCAAAAAAUCAGAAUUUAAUUUGCAACAAUGUUGCUGUGCAGACUUCCAGCGAAUUGAAUAAACCAGUAAUAUCAGUAAAUGAUAUAGAUAGUGGAAAACAGUGGACAUCUUUAUGUUAUGAACAGUCUGAUUCUGAUCAGACAUCUGAAGAUCGUCAGAGAUUUAUUUUGGAUCAUAACCAAAAUUACCAUACUGUAUCCAAUGAUUCUGAGUUCAAUAGUUCUGUAAUGAUCCCUGAUCAUGUUAUUAAUGAACAGGAUUUUAAGGAGAUUGUACCUUUUCUGGGAACUCAAAAUUAUCAAAAAUCAAUUGAAAAUCCGGUGAAGAAUUAUCAGACUGAAAAUACGGAUAAUCAAGAUUAUUCUUCUUCUCUUAUUUCUCCUAUUUUGUCUAAUUUAUCUGAUUACAAUCAAUCGGAUGAAGUAUUAAAUGCACGAGAAGAAUGCAAAAAUCAUCAGAAAACAUCAGAUUGGCCUGUAGAAAGUUCUGAUUUCCCAAAUGAUCAAAAUAUUCAAAAUCAAGAUAUCAGUCCGGAAAUUGGAGUGGUUACAAGAUAUACAUGUGCUAUUGGAACGGUAGCAUCGUCGGUAGAUAGUCCUGAACCUCGAUCAGAAGAAAUAGCAGUGGAUUCUAGAACAUCUUCAUCUCCAUCACCUUCUCAAUGGUCAUGGACCAGAUCCAGACCGCCAACUAACGAGACUAUUGCCUCAGAAGAUGAAAUCCGUCGACAUAACUUAUUGCAACAGAGUUUGGUUCGUCGUCUGCAAAAUGAAAUCACUUCUCUAAAUGAUCAGCCUCAAAUUUCUAAUUUUGGACAACAUUUGACUAUUAAUCAAAAAAGUCAAUCUCCUAACUUAGUUCAGAGUUAUCAGCAAAAGUUUUCCGAUCAAUCGAUGAAUUUUACGACAACUCACCAACAACAAAAUCAUAACCAACCUAUAAACGUAUCUCAAAAGAAUAUUCCUCUUCAACAAUCUAAUUUUAAUAAAUCCAUACAUACCAUUCAUCAAGAACAGACUUUCAAUCAAUCUGUAAAUUUUGAUCGAUCCUCAGGCUCUCAAAAAUCAAAUCGAUUCAUCAAAUAUCUAACACCUGUUUCUCAGAAGAAACCAGAGACAUCUCGAGUACAUUCACCAAGUCCAAUGAUUGCGAAUAGAGUGGGUGCUCUCAGGGAAGCCUACGAACAGACGCCGAACUCUCAAACAAAAUCAAUUCAUAAAGAACGUUCACCUGUUCCAAAUGGAAUGGCUCCAAAUGAUUCUAGUGACGAAUAUUUAGUAUCCUGUGCAACGAAACCUUCUAGAUCCAUAGUAUUAUCGAAAUCAGAAUCCUGGCAUCAGUUGGCUAUUUCUAAUCGUUAUCCUCGAACUUCUCGUGUAAAUGCACCAGCAUCACUGUCCUCGUUUCCGAAACCACCAAAGCCAAGAUCACCAUCUUCUCAAAAAUUGAGAUCUAAACAAUUUGAAGCGUCCUCUAUGGCAGAUAGUGUGAAGAAAAUGGAGGAUAAGAUUAGACAAUACUUCGAUCAGCCAAGUGACAUUGUUGAAACAAAGGAUUCUAUGAAACAUAGAAGAUCUCCUAGAUUUGCAUCUAAAGGAAUGCUUGAAUUAUCUCGUAGUCGUACUAUGCCUGGUUUGUCCGAAGAAAAAUUACAUGUUUUAAUACCAACACCUCAACAAAUGCCAUUAUUGAAUGUGAAUACUGCAGACGUUGACAAAGUAUUCGACGAUUUAUUCGAAGAAGCCACGAGGACUGAUAAUCAGUAAUUAUUGAUAUACUAUACUGAUUUGAAUCAUUGUAUUCUUCGUUUAUAUAAUGGCUUGUAUUCGAGAAAUACAAGUUACCAUAUAGGAUUUUUCUAUGGUGAGAUCUAUUUUUUGGCCUAGCUAGAAGAACUGUUGUAUCCCAAGGAUUCUUGUUGUCGAUAGUUGUAAUUGUCCUUCAAUUCCAGAAGAGGUCUCUAGUAUCGUGUUUAAUCGAAACAUUUUAUCGAUAUAAACAAUUAGUUCGAUUUACUUGUGACGCUAUGGAGUAUCUUUUAAAAAUUAACAAACAGAAAAAGACAUUUAUAAAAAUGAUAUUAUUACAUUAAUUUAGUAGAGAUCAAUUAAUUAACAGCGUUGUGUCAUAGAGAAGACAGUGAAACUUUGAAAGUAUCAAAAAAAAGUGAAGUGAAAACAAAAAAAAGUAAUCUUAAUAAAUAGAAAUAAAAAGAGUAAAAAAUUCAGAGUAAUUACACAAUGAAAUAAAAAAGGAGCUCAAAACAGUGGAUCUAUAUGGAUUUCGACAAAGAGGAUCAGCUAAUACUGAAAGUUAUUCGUUGAGGAGACAAAACUGAAUACUAAACUGAUUAUUGCUCGUGUAUCAAGCGUUCUCUCACGGAGAAAGUUUCUUGUUUCAUGCCGAAGAAACACCCUGUGUAUGCUUUUCACUCUUGUUUGUUUUAUAUUUCUUUUUUUCUUUUCUUCUCUUUUUUUAUUCUUUUUUUAAUAAGCUUCGAGUCGCGCUCUAUGCGCGAACACGUUUUGUGGACGGACAUUCAGAGUCGCUAGAAGGUCGUGCCAAAGCCCGAAUAAAGCACUCGCAAGAAGCCGCUAUCACCGUUUGCCAAGUUUCGUGAACUCGAUAGACAAAAUAGCGCCGCUUCGUCACCUAGUCCUGUAAAAUCACCGGCAACAGAGUUUCGAUUCAAGUUUACCGAACCAACAGUACGGGACAACGC